AUGGACUGGGAACCUUCAUCGGCCGUGGAACUACGAGCUGUGCUGAGGUCCCUUAGAGGAAAGACAGUACCCAGCAGCGAUCAGCCGGAAGGAAAACAGAUACCCACGUUCUCCGCAAACCCAUUAUUUAGCCCGUCCAGUCCCUGCAAGUGUGUCAACGGAAUAUGUAGCUGCUGCCUUGGAGUGUUUAGCAUGAACGGGUGCGCAAACAUUACCUACAUCCCGGAGGACUUUGCGUUCGAGUUUCGCAUGAUUUUCAACAAUCGCGUCAUGACCAAGCGCCGAAUUAGUGGCAAAAAUCCGGCCCCAAUCUGUGUGCACCCGCCGCGGUUCGAUUUUGUUGAAGUUUGUGCCAAUUUCUACGACGUUUAUUUCGUCGGCCGGAACAUGCACGUGUGUAUGGAAAUGAAUGGAAGUUUCGAAGGAUUUGAACUGUUCUCGAGAUCCUUCAACUGCCUACGAGUAGGCGAUGCGGGAGUGAAAAUUUUGAAACCCGGUGAGCAGAUUGGAAGCUCCGUUAAUCCGUCCCUGGAGGCUGAAAUUGAUUCCGGCGAUGAUAUCGAGGACUACGACGAAGCGGUCGUGUGA